UGAAAUGAAAACAAGCCAAAAUAUAUUAAUAGAUCGCCAAGUUGUCUAGAAAGUCUUCGGACUAGGUCUUUUUUCAAAGCCAGUGUUACAACAGUCCACGGAUGAAGACGCAACACAAUAAUCAGUUUCUUUGUAUCACCUUCAGAAUUAAACUGCGAGUUUAGUUACAUUUAAUAAUUUAUACAUUUAGUUAAUAAAUUAUAUUUAAAAGAUAUAUAGCAAUUUGAUGCAUUUUAAAUAAAGUGGACAUUACAGUUUAGUUAAUUAUUAUGAGUUACAUCACAUAGGCGACAAAUGCACCACUUCAAUUUUGGCUUUGGGGAGUACAUUUACGAAGAUUGACAUUCUAAAACAGUACAGAACACAAGAAGAUUUCAAAUACCGUGAACCAAACCUCCAUAACAGUAAAAAUAAACACCCAUCCCAACAAAAAAUGGAUGCUACAGCAACUUUACUUCCAGAUAACUGUUUAGAAGUAAUUUUUUCGUAUUUAACUUUGCGUGAUCUAAGAAAUUGUUCGUUAGUGUGUAAACAUUGGUACGAUUUUUUAAAUGACGAAAACAACGACGUCUGGAGACUGCAUUGUAUUAGAAAACUUGCUGAAGAAGCUCUAAAAUCGGACCUACUAUCUUCAGUUCCCACAUAUAAAGCUAAAUUGAGAGCUUUUUAUCACGCGUGGAAUCCAAAUGACUGCUCUAGGAAUAUUUACAUUAAGCCGAAUGGUUUUACCUUGCAUAGAAACCCCGUAGCCCAAAGUACAGAUGCUUGUCGUGGUAAAAUGGGAUUUAAACAUGGAAGACACGCUUGGGAAGUAAUUUGGGAAGGCCCGUUGGGUACUGUGGCUGUUAUAGGAAUUGCAACAAAGGAUGCUCCAUUACAGUGCCAUGGUUAUGUUGCAUUAUUAGGAUCAGAUGAUCAAAGUUGGGGUUGGAAUCUAGUUGAUAAUCACUUGUUACAUAAUGGAGAUGGGCAAGGAAAUUAUCCUUUGUUAAACAAUGCUCCUAAAUAUCAGGUUGGUGAGAGAAUUAGAGUGAUUCUGGACUGUGAUGACAAUACUUUGUCUUUUGAAAAGAAUUAUGAAUUUUUAGGAGUUGCAUUUAGAGGAUUGCCAGACAAAAAAUUAUAUCCCACAGUGUCUGCUGUUUAUGGAAACACAGAAGUUUCUAUGGUAUAUCUUGGAGCACCUUUAGAUGGCUAACACAAUUGAACUUAUAGCCUAUUUUUUAAAAUGUGAAACAUAAUGGAGUGAUAGAUCAACCGUCAGGUACAAGAAGGUGCAUAACAGGUCAGUUUGGUUUGCCCAUUGUGAUAAUACAGUUUAACUGUGUAACAAUUUCAUUUGAAAGUAAUGAAAUGAACUUCCAGCCCUAAGUAAUAAGUCUGUAAUUUAGUGUACUUCUUUUUUUGUUACAUUGGAACACUACCAUGUUUAACAUAUCUUAGUCCAGUUUACAUUUACAUCUCUCAUCAAUAAAUCCAGCAAGCUUGGGUACAGUUUUACCCAUAAUGCAAUUUGUCAUUGGUUUCUGCCUUUACUGUCAAAUUGUUCCCAGGAAUUUCUGUAAAUAGAAUUUGUUGAAAAUAGAUGUAGCAAAUAUGACUGAAAAAGAAGUUUUAAGAGAAGUGCAGUUUAUUGAGGAUGCAUGUACCUCUAACUUCAUGCAAGAAUUCAAAGUCAUGUGGCAAGAGCUGUCUAUGUAUGAAGAUUUACUCGAUGACAUAGAGUUAGAUAUCUUGAACUUAAGAUAUGAAUUUUCACAAAUAUUGCUUCAGUAUGAGAGUUUGGUCCAUGAAAUUGAAAAUUUAGAAGUGUAUGACAGUGAUUAUUAGAUUUAUGAAUCCAAUUUCAAAUUCCUUUGUUUCUGGUGUUUAAUAUGUCAAAUGCCUAUGCGAUCAAUAUAAAUUUGUAAUUGCUUAUUUGAUUGUGUUCUUGAUUGUGAGUUCUUCACUUAUUGAUCUUAUCUAACUUUGGUGAUGUAUUUUGAAGAAACGGUAGCUAAUGCCUAUUCAUUUGCACAGAACUGCCCAGAUGCGUAUCGGCGGAUUUUACUGGGCAGUGGUUUCAUAGUGAAACAAUUUUUUUGUUAGCAAAAUGAGUAACUGAAGUGAAAACUCAGCAGGUUAAAUACUAUUGUGUCACUUUCUCUUUAUGGCUUUUUUAAAAGCAAUUAUAAGUGGGGUAAUAUACUUAUAACUAUUUGAAGAAUGUUUUCUUAUUAUCUUACGCUUUUCACUUAUUCGUCUUAUUCGUCAAAACAAAAAUUUUUAAUUGAGUGUAAUAGAAACCACACCUUGUUCUAACAAUUUUCAAAUAAUUUUGAUGUGAACUAAUUUUUAUGUGGAAUCUCUAUUAUGGAUGAAUUUGUCUUCAUGCAUGCAUUUCGAAUAGUUGAAAACGACUAUUUUGUCUGGUGCCGUAAGUAUGGCAUUCAUAAUUAAAAAUACACCUAGUAAAUUUAAAAAAAUAUUGACCAUUUAAAUUAAGUCGUAAGGCCUAUUUAAAUAGAUUUAAUAUUUGAAGACCAUUUAAAUUUCACUGUAUUACCAACCAUGGUGACAGAUGGGGUACCCAUCCACUCAUUAAAGUGAACGUUUGCAGAAGUUAUUUAAAAUGAUUUGACACAGAUGUUGAUGUAAAUGUUAACUACAGGUCUUUUAGGCAUAACUGUUGUAGCUUGAAGUAUAUGUUUAUGUUUAAAUGCUGUAAUUAUCACAUGAAAUAGCGAUUUUACUCAGCACCUUAGAAAUUGUUUAGAAGGUAAGUAUAAUUUCAUUUAUUUAAUUUUACUUACCAAAUUACUAAUUAAUUACCUGAAAAUUAAAUUUUAUUGUUAAGUAGUGCAAUUUAAUUUAAUAAUAUAACUGGGUGAAGAUGAAUUAAAUAAUAAUUCUUCUAAGUACUAUUGAACUAUAUGUAGAAAAAAUAUUUUCUCACAGUCUGUAAACAUAUUUAUGGUAUGAACAAUUUAAAUAACAGCCUUUUUCCAAUUUGAGAACUUUGAACAAGCAAACCACCAUAUAAUUUAGUUACCAUAAGUUGAAAAAAAAUCUUAUUUGUCUACUUGUACUUGAUUAUAUUGUCAUUUCAUUUUCACUCCCAUAUUCAAAAAUCAGCAAACACCAACUUAGAAUAAAUGAAUUUUGAGUCUCAAAAGUUCUAAAGUCUUUGAAGCUGCGCCGCACUUAUAAAGAUUGAACAAUGGAGCGACAGAUGCAAUGACAUUUGAGUUACUUAAUUGUUUGAAAAAUCCGGUAAGGAAAUAGAUAAAUUAUACUUUUGGCACUUCUUAGAUACUCAUAUGCGCAGAAAAUUUACAAAGUAUUUAAUUACCAAAAAGCUUGCGUCUGUUAUCAAUUCGUGUUUGAGUCCCUCCAAGAAGCCGAUUAGUAUUCACAAAGUCAACAAGUAGGUACUUCUCCAAUUGUUAUUUACAUUCCAAUAAACAAAAUGAGACUGUUUCAAGUUGCAAAUUCAGAGUGAAAAUGAAUUGGUAUAGUACCGAAAAUUGUUGCAUUUUAGUUUGUAAUCAGUUUUAUUUAUUAUAUUUAUUAUAUAUUUUUACUUCCAUUCUUGGUAUAGUAUGAUUUAUCUGUGAUAUUAUUUUAUUAUACACAAUUUUAUGUCUAAAUACUUUUAUUAACAUGAUUAAAAGUUUCUUGUA